UUCCAGUCGAAUCUAUUUGAUCGGCGACCAGAGCUAGUCAAUGAAUUAUAUGGAAGAACAUUUGCCACAUGGACGACGGUGACAUGUGCGCUGUGCUUGAUAUGCGCAAAGAAUCCUCGAGUUCCUGCCAUAUAUGGGGCUACACUAUUCUCCUUCCUUGCCGCCCUUGUGCAUUUCACAAUGGAACUGCUGGUGUUCAAGACACUGAGCUUGAAGAGUGCAGCAAAUCCUCUCAUCAUUGCAGGGUUGUCAGCGCUUUGGAUGGGGGCUGGAUGGAAUUACUACACAGAUGUGGCCACUGAGAUCGAGUUCUCGGAGACUGAGAGCAUUGAAGAGGCCAGCAGGCUGGUUAAUGCGCAGAAGCAGGAGUGA